AUGAACUCAUACUCUUCGAGUCCAGUAAGCGCAGGCCAAGAAGAUGUCGUUCGAGAGCUAGUGGGUGCUGGGGCUGACGUAAAUAGAAAGAACGACAAGGGAAUUACUCCUCUGUUAGUACUGUUCCAGUUGGGGAUCAUCUCUACUAGUCUAACAUGUACUGCUCAGACACUACGCGGCAUCAAAAUAAACGCCAAAGAUAAGGCGAACCAAACACCCUUGCAUCGAGCGGCAACGACAGGAUCUACGGGAUUCAUUGCCCUCCUGCUCAAUCCUCCUGAAGGCUCAACAACCGCCAAACUACGGUUGAACACGGGCGAUCGGAUAGGCAAUACACCCCUUCAUCUCGCUAUGGAGUCAGCUCAUGCCCAGGCUGCAGUGAUGUUAAUUGAGGCAGGUGCUGACCGUGGGAGGACUAACUUAGAUGAAGUAACCCCUGAGAAUGUUGAUGGUGUCGGAAGCACCGAGCAGAGAAGGGCGAAGCAACAUGUGAUUGAUCACUGCGGCGAUCCCUGA